CUGGGGAUCUCUUAGCUGCCGUUGCCGCCAAGGCUCGGGAUAUUAUAAAAAUAGUGCCUCGGCUCGCCUCAACAUUGAAUCCUUGCUGCUGUCUCCGAGCUGCUAUUCCACUCGUAUUCAUUGAAUAUUUUCAACUAAAACGCAGGAGGGAGCAUAGCGUAUAGCAGUUGAAGCUCGCGGCCAUGGCGUGCCGAAGCAUUAGGUUUGGUGUGGUUCCCGGCGUCCAGUACACGAUCUAUCGGUCUGCGUCUUGGGUAAACAGAUCAGUUGCAGCAGUAUCAUAUGCUUCAGAGCAGAUCCGUUUCGGUCAGCCAAGUAUGCACAUGCGUCAUUUGGCCACCGUAUCUCAAACAGCUCAAACAGAUGACGCUGAGCUGCCACUGAAGGGCGUGACGAUCGUCAGCCUCGAACAAGCGAUAGCUGCCCCUUUCUGCACGAGGCAGCUGGCAGACCUCGGAGCUCGAGUGAUCAAAGUCGAGCGGCCGGGAGUAGGAGACUUUGCAAGGGAUUACGAUACCAGGGUCAAAGGGUUAUCGUCACAUUUUGUUUGGACUAAUCGAUCAAAGGAAAGUCUAGCCUUGAACUUGAAAGAUACCAAAGAUCUAGAGACCUUGAAGAAACUCGUCGUGAAAGCGGAUGUUUUGGUGCAGAAUCUCGCGCCAGGGGCAACAGAACGUCUGGGACUAUCUUAUGAGCAAUUACGGGAACAGCAUCCGUCGCUGAUUGUUUGCGACAUAUCAGGAUAUGGUGACAGUGGACCUUACAGACAGAAAAAAGCUUACGAUCUUCUGGUUCAGAGCGAAGCGGGCAUGUUGUCUGUCACCGGUACCGGUGAUGAGCCUGCAAAGGUCGGUAUCUCCAUUGCAGACAUCUCAGCUGCAAUGUACGCUUUCACAAACAUCAUGGCUGCUCUAAUGAAGCGAAACAAGACUGGGAAGGGAUCUCGAAUAGACAUUUCAAUGCUUGAGAGUCUGGCGGAAUGGAUGUCCUUCCCGCUCUAUUUUACGUACCAGGGACAGGACGGACCCAAACCGAUGGGGGCCUCUCAUUCUGCGAUUUACCCUUACGGACCUUUCGAGACUGGAGGUGGUGGAUCUGUGAUGCUUGGGGUUCAAAAUGAGAGAGAGUGGGCUCGUCUUUGCGCCGAAGUGUUGGGAGACCCGGCUUUAGCGACCGACGUCAGAUUUGCAAAUAACUCCAAGCGUGUUGAGAACCGUGAGGCACUCAAGAAGAUAUUGCUGGACAACUUUGCCGAUCUUUCCGCGCAAGAAGUGAUUUCGAAGCUGGAUUCGGCGGGUGUGGCCAACGCUAAAGUAAAUAACAUGGCAGGUGUUUGGGAACAUCCACAACUCCGGGCACGAGAGCGUUGGACCGACAUUCAAACCCCGGUAGGCAAAGUACCAGCGCUGCUUCCACCUGGUGUUGCUUGUACCAAAUCAGUCCGUAUGGAUGAAGUCCCGAUUAUCGGCCAGCACACGAGAGCCAUAUUAAAGGAGUUAGGCGUGAAAGACCCGGCCUGAUAAGGUCAAUAUGAAAGCUCAUUCUUCAUCCAAAGAGGCGAGGUGCCAAGAUAGAACAUUGAAGGAACUGAUCAAAGUUGCCGCGUGUGUGUCAUUAGGCAGGCCUAGAUCUGCGGUCUGGAUAUCCGCAUCCCGUAAUACUAUUGGAUUGCUUUGAAA